UUCACAUUAUGAAUGAACAACAAGGUGUCCCACCGGAAGACGCUUAAUAUCAACGUUUUCACACCAGCGUGACAUUUCUGCCUUUGGAUUUAGCCUUCCAAAAUAUUAUUCUGCUGUUGAACUUGCACUUGAACUUCAUGAAUGUAAUGACAGCUUCGUUGUCAAGUGAGGAUGAGGCGGCCGGCACGCGAAGCGCCCGGUGUUGUGCUAACAGCAGCUAGCCGUUAUUUUAUUAUGAGCAGCUGAAUGACAGUCACGACGAUGCGGGACAAGGAGGAGCAAGGGCAGGUGUGCCACAGCAGUGAAACUCAGCUGGUUACAGCCGGCUGACUCAGACCAAGCUGCCCAGCACCGUCCAGGCUCAGAGAGGCAGGAGCCAUGAAGGAGGAGGAGGAGGAGGAGGAGAGGAGCGAGUGUGGAGCUGAGCCUCUGUUUGAGGACCCUGACUUCCCCCCUGGUGACACCUCGCUGUUCUCUGAGCGCUCCACACCCAUCGCAAAGCUGCAGGGAGAAAUCACCUGGAGACGCCCACAGGAGAUUUGCCUGUCUCCAUCUCUCUUUCCUGAAAACAUCAACCUGGGUCAUGCAAAGCAGGGUUUAUUAGGAGAUUGCUGGUUUCUCUGUGCCUGCACCGUCUUGCUCAAGAAUAAACACCUAAUGAACAAGGUGUUGCCCCCAGACCAGCCUCAGUGGGAUGACCGCAGGUACAGGGGCGCCUUCCAGUUUCACUUUUGGCAGCAGGGCCACUGGACAGAGGUGACCAUUGACGACCGCCUGCCCUGCAUCAACUCUUCUCUGUGCUUCUCCCGCUGUCAGGACCCCACUGCCUUCUGGGUCGCUCUGCUGGAGAAAGCCUACGCCAAGGUCCAUGGCUCAUACGAGCGGCUGUGGGCAGGGCAGGUGUCUGAGGCCCUGGUGGACUUGACCGGGGGUUUGGCAGAGCGCUGGAACCUGGGAGACGGAGGGUCAGAGGAGGAGCAGGGACCAGAGCAUGACAGUGAUCGGGUCAGGAGGAGCAGGCUGGACCUGAACCUGCUGCACCCUGUGAAAGAUAGCUGUGUGCUCAGCUGCUCCACUCACAGCAGCCCUGGAGGUGCCAGUGAGCUGGGUCAGUACCACGCUCUGACUGUGAUGGAGUGGCUGGAUGUGAAGACCGUGUCAGGAGGACAGGUGUGCCUGCUGAGGAUCAGAAACCCCUGGGGAAGAUGUUGCUGGGGAGGGGCCUGGAUAGGGAGCGGGGCAGGAUGGGCUUCUGUCAGUCCUGCCUGUGCUGUGGAGCUACAGGGCAGGACGGCCGUGGGUGAGUUCUGGUUGGACGAGGCUGAAUUCCUGUCCCAUUUUGAUGAUGUCACAGUGGGCUACCCCAUCAGUGAAGAGGGACACCUAAAGAGCAUCUAUACUGGAAAGCUGUUGAAACACAGCCAUCAGCUGGUGGGACGGUGGAUAAAAGGGCACUCCGCUGGUGGUUCUCGCAACAGCAGCAGCUACAGCAGCAACCCCAAGUUCUGGCUCAAAGUGUGCGAGAGAGGAGAGGUGCUGGCAUCCCUGCUGCAGCGUAGGAAAUGCAGAAACACGGAGCAGCAUGCACAAACACCACCUGAGGACAGCAGGAACACAAAGCACCAGCACCACCAGGCUAUCGCUCUGCACAUGUGGAAGGUGGAGAAGAGGCGUUUUAACCUCAGCCGGAUGUUGAGCAAGCCUCCCUGCGCUUCUACACACUGCCAUGCCUAUGAGAGAGAGGUGGUUCUCCAUGGGCAGCUGGAGCCCGGCUACUACCUGCUGAUCCCCAGUACCUUCCUACCAGGAGCUGAGGCCCGCUUUCUCAUCAGGGUCUUUUCCUCCUCGCCCACUUCCCUCAGUGCCCUGAAAACCCCAGGUCCCUCACUGCCGUCAGCGACAGAUGGAGAGUGGGAGACCAGUUACUUUCGUGGCACGUGGGUGGUGGGAACGAACGCUGGAGGAAGCAGGAACUUCCUCUCUCACUGGCAGAACCCCUGUUUCCCAUUUAACGUGUGCAAUGACUCAGAAAAGACAUCAGGAGUUAAUGUCAGGAUUACCCUGCGCCAGAACCUCCCGGAUACUGACCUGCACCCGAUUGGCUUCCACGUCUACAGGGUCCCAGAAGGGGUUCCUGAUGCGACAUUACCCAGGGAUGAGGAUCCUGUGGCCAGUUGUGUCCCGCACUGCUACACCCAGGACGUCAGCCUGUCCUGCAGCCUUCCUCCUGGAGCUUAUGCCAUAGUUCCCUCCACAUAUCAGCCUGACUGUCCAGGCAACUUCACCCUCACCCUAGCUCGCAGAAUACACAGGAAGGUGGUGAAAAGUCAGGAGAGGCUUGGGAGAGCCAUUCAAGAGGUCUCUCACAUCUCUGUGAUGCGUAGCUAGUUCUGGGACUGUGUCACUGCUCCGCUAACGUCGGCUCACCUCUUCGUGCCUCUUGGCCCAUGAUGAAAGAACCAGUUCAGUCCACAGAGGGUGUGUGUCUUUGUGUGUGUUUGGGUGUGUGUGUGUGUGUGUGUGUGUGUGUGUGUGUGUGUGUCUGUGUUCCACUGGUGGCUGAGAAGGCAGGCAGCUAGAUUUAGUGGGAAUGUUUGUGUCAGGACUCGUAGAAACCCCUUUAUCCUGAACCGGUGAGGCUCAGGGCUGAUGAGCAGCCACACACUCAUCGGCGAUUAGGACAUCAGAGGUUGUCGGUGGGCUGGGCUGCUAAUGAAGGAUGACGGGGCUGGCUGGUGUAAACAAACAGCCGCCAUUGAAGAGGCCCGCCGCUGCCCUUGCUCGUCCACUCACUGGUGUGCCUGCCGGCCUAGAACAA